CAUUGGCUUAUCUAAGGAGAUCGCGACCAAUCAUAUUUCAACACACGUAGCCGGAAGUGUUCCUUGCAAGAUGGAAGCAAAAAUGACAAAAAUUGCCGUAUUGUGCGUUGUUUUUGCCAUUUGCAGCAUCACAUAUGCAGUGCAGAAAAAGAAAGAGGAUCCCCUUGCUGAUCGGGUCCAGCAGAUGGUUGAAUGGAACAGUAAGAAGUCGGUGAUAAGGAUGAAUGGUGACAAGUUCAAGCAGUAUGUGAGGGGUGUGCCUCGUAAUUACUCAGUCAUUGUCAUGUUGACAGCACUGCAACCACAGCGUCAAUGCUCUGUAUGCAAACAAGCUAACGAUGAGUUUACAAUCGUGGCCAACUCCUGGAGGUAUUCAAAUCAGUUCUCAAACAAACUUUUCUUUGCCAUGGUUGACUUUGAUGAAGGAUCUGAUGUUUUCCAACAGUUGAAGCUAAACACAGCCCCUGUUUUCAUGCAUUUCCCACCAAAGGGAAAGCCAAAGAAGGCUGAUACUAUGGACAUUCACAGGGUUGGGUUUGCAGCAGAGCAGGUAUCUAGAUGGGUUCAAGAAAGGACAGAUAUUCAGAUCAGAAUUUUCCGUCCACCAAACUACUCUGGUACCCUAGCACUUGCUCUACUGUUCUCUCUGGUUGGAGGUUUACUGUACCUGAAGAGAAACAACUUGGAAUUUCUCUACAACAAAACAUUCUGGGGAAUAGCAGCUUUGUCAGUGAUAUUUGCAAUGACCUCUGGACAAAUGUGGAACCACAUCCGUAGUCCCCCAGUAAUGCACAAAAACCCAAGCACAGGAGCUAUUCAUUAUAUUCAUGGAUCUAGUCAAGGACAGUUUGUUGCUGAAACCUACAUGGUCAUGUUGCUGAAUGCUGCAAUAGUUGGUGGGUUUAUUUUGAUGAGUGAAGCAAACACUUUAAAAGGUGAUCCUGGUAAAAAAAGAGUGUUUGCCCUGGUAGGCCUGGGAUGUGUUGCAGUAUUUUUCAGUCUACUUCUGUCUAUAUUUAGAUCCAAAUACCAGGGAUAUCCCUACAGCUUCUUGUUCAAAUGAAAACAUCUUGAUGGUGGUUGAACUUCUGAAGUGAAAAUUGCUGUGAUGAACAGUUAAGGAAAUCUUCUUUUUAAUCCAUUUGGGAAAAUUUUAUUUCACCUCUUCGGCUGUUGUAGACAGAUACAGGCAUAUCAGACUUUUAAAGUCUCAUAGAAGUUUUGACAUAAAUUGGGGAAAACAGUGUUCGAAAGGACUCUCCUCCCAUGGUAUGAUUUACCAAUGCAUUCCAGAACAGAAUUUCUUUUGAAAGGAUACACAUAUUAUUGAAGGGCUGCUGUUGGUGCACUGUGAGGUAUUUCUGUGCUGCAAAUCAAUUGCCUUGUGCAGCAGUAUCUGUGUCAAGUUGAUCUUUAAACAUUUCAUUUUUUGUUCAUAUCUUGUGUGUAUGUUAUUUUGUCAAGAUUUUUGUUAUGUAUCACGACUUUAAUUAAGGAUAAGUAUGAAUGAAUAUUAUGAUAAGGCCUGUGCACCAGUUACUGCAAUACAAAGUAGUACCAUGAUAGAAAAUUAGAAAGUGCACCUUUGUUUCAGAGAGAUGCUGGAAAUGGCUUAUAGGAAAAAUUUUUAACAGCAACAGAAAUGCUUAUUGCAAUAAUUUUGAAUGUUUCUUUAGCUUUAGAUUAUUGGCUGUAGUGUUGUAUGAAUGGGAAUUUAAGGAAUUGCCUAUUCUUUUUCAAUUUUUCUGGAAAGGUCCAUUUUAUGUUAUUGUUUUUCUAGGAAUUCCAUUUUCUCCAAUAAUUAUGAUCAUAUUAUGUAUUCAAGGAUAUGCUGCCAUGGUUUUAAUUUAAAUUUGUGUCAGCUUUAUAUUUGAAUUAUUUGACUAUCUGGUUCUGUGUAGUAUCAUAAUUGCUGCAUGUUUUUAAAUGGUCUUGCUUGUUGUUAAAAGGUAAUAAGUUUUAACUUGUUUACAAAAUAAACAUAAAAAAUGAAUUAAAA